AGUUACUUUGGUCGAAUUGGAGUCGGAAAACCCAUUGUCACAGAAGUUAACCGGAAAAGGAGACUUCUUUGGGCUCAAGAACGACAAUCAUAUGGGAAUCCAUUAUUUGGAGUGACAAAUCUAGAUUUGAAUUAUUCAGAGGAGAUGCUUAAUUUACAUUCGACGGAGGCAUACAUUAAGGCUAUGGAGACGUGCGCAUUCUCUCCAGAAUUUCACGAGUAUCUCCAGCACAAUGUUAUUCCACUGGUUGCUGAUUGGCCAGGUCAAAUACUUCCUCAGAAAGCGAUUACUAUGCAACAACAAGCGCGGAAGAAUAUUCAAACAACGCCCUCUACUCCGCCUAUCCCCACAUCAACCCAUCAUCCUGCUGUGCUUGUAACAGGCACGUCUCUUGGGCUUGGUUGUAACAUUGCUCUGACUCUUGCAUGUCGAGGAUAUACAGUAUUUGCUACCGUUCGGAGGGUGGAAGAGUCCGAUGAACUGACUCGUCAGUUGUCAUUAUGCGAAAACGAAUAUCACGGAAGUCUGAUUCCACUGGUAGCAGAUGUCAGCAACAAGGCCGAUGUGAUGAAGGUGAUAUACUUGCCAUCUGAAGUUGCAUCCGAGACGGCAUUUAGGGAAAGUUUUGAGACAAAUUUCUUUGCCGUGGUUAAUCUGACCAAAGUCUUCUUGCCAAUGUUGAGAGAAAGUAAUGGGAGGGUGAUCAAUGUGGGUAGUAUAUCCUCGUGGCAUUCGACUGCUGCUAUGGGCGUAUAUGCCAGUAGCAAAGCGGCAAUCAGGACGCUGAGUAGGAUUUGGAGGCAAGAGCUGAAAGGGAUGGGUGUAGAUGUCGUGUUGGUUGAACCUGGUGCAGUAAAAACUCGCUUUACUCAGCAAGUGCAACAAAAUUUUCGCUCUUUUACAUCCUUUCCGAACUUGUCCCGAUAUCACGAAAUUCCACAAAACGUGAAAUCAACAGUGGUUCAAAAGUACGAACGUCAAUACCGUGCUAUUGGUAGAUAUUGUGACGACAUGUUUGAAAAUGCGUCUCCACCUGGAUUAGCAAGUGAUGCCAUAUUGAAUGCAUUGAUGGCCGCAUACCCUAAAAGUACUUAUUAUGUUGGAUUAGAUGCAAAGCUGUUGGCUGUUAUGAACUGGAUAUUGGGGGAGAGACUUGUUGAGGCUAUUCAGGAAAGCAUUAUUGGAUGUUGA